AUGGGCAAACGUGGCGUUGGCCGGCCAAGGCUUGCGGUGGCGGCGCGACGGAAAGGGGAGGAGCGAACAAUAGUCACUCAAGCGAUCAUGGAAUCAAAAGAGCAGCAAGUAGGGGACCAUGAAAGACAAGACACAUUGGAAUCACAAGAACACCAAGCAGGAGAACAUGAAGGGCAAGACGCCACUCGUAAGGAAAAGGAGAUACCGGAUAUGGAACCUCCUAUGUCGAUGGAGAGCGAGAUCGAAAUGCCAGGGGUUGAGGUGCCAGAGACUGUGCAACUAAGGAAACCCUGGGUAGAUGUCAUAAGAGGCAAUAGAAGAAUCAAUAGAGCGGUGAGUAUGGAGUAUAUCCCACCCACGAUUGUCGAUGGCGAAGUGGAAGUAAAAAUUGAAGAAUCUGAUGUUGAAGACGAGCUCGAGUUUUGGUCGAAUUCGAUUAUAUUGUUUGCCCUAGGAGAUUCUCUGUCAAUGAAUGCAGUCAAGAAGUUCAUGGAGAAGAAUUGGAACUCGGUUUCGCUACCAGAGCUGUAUUACAAUGAGGAAGGAUAUUUUAUUGUGCGAUUCAGGAACCAAGAGGAUAGAGAACAUGUGCUAGCUCAGGGCCCGUAUUUCAUUUAUGGGAAGCCAUUGUUCUUAAGACAAUGGAGCUCAGAUUUUGAGAUGAAAGAGGACAUAUUGCGGGUUAUGCCGUUGUGGGUCACAUUUCCCCAAUUACCCCUUCACCUGUGGGGAGAGAAAUGCUUGGCUAAGAUAGCAAGCUCCAUUGGAAAACCAAUUACAAUGGAUGAAUGUACAACAAAGAAGCUAAGGGUCUCAUAUGCCCGAAUGUUGGUGGAGGUAGAUGUUACACAAAAACUUCGAAACAGCAUCAACAUCAGGGAUCAUAACAACAAGCUUGUCCAACAAUGUAUUGAGUAUGAAUGA